CCGUGGUUAAUAUUGCAUUAAAGGAACUUGAAAUAAGAGGUACCUAUCAACCUUGAUAGAAUUAUCAUGAAUUAUGUACCUUUGGUAUGUAGGUACCUAAAUCAUUUAUUAUUAUCAACUAUUUCCUUCUCAGUUCUUCAUAUAUAUAUCUACUAAAUCUUUGAUAUCUUGUGUAUAUGGCAGUUUUCUGGCAUAGAAAUACACUAGAUCACAACAGCGACGAACUGUAUCCGGAAUGGAACGCCUACUCCUUUCCAUCUAGGCGAUUAUCUCCUCGCCUCGGUACGUAAAUAAGACUACCUGCUUACUAUAGGACAGACUUGCGAAGCUCACAAGGGUAUUUCCUAAUGUGUACUCCAACACCACCACUUUCAUUUUUUCGCACUGAUCUAUUGGUAGUCUUCCAAGUGAUGGAUUCGAACCUAAUAAACUAGUGGCUAUAUAAAUUAAACGCCGAUAGUAAUCUCCGUCGUACGAGAAGCUUGAUUUCAAAGCAUUGAACUAGUAUAUCUAGACUGUUAGGAUCUUUCUAGAUCGGGCCACAAGAUAACUCACUUUCUCAACUUUACGUUCCCGACCUAAUAUUAACGUAUUUAAUUAAAAUUAUGCCUCCUCCAAAGGGUACUCCUAACCCUCUAGAGGGUCCAGGUGACUAUGACGUAACCUCCGUGGUGCACAACGACACAUAUCCCGCGAUUGAUUCUGCCAAGGCAAACUUGAGCGGUAAGGCCGUCCUUAUCACCGGUGCUUCCAAAGGCUUGGGUAGAGCGAUCUCCGUCUCGUUUGCCAAGGCCGGCGCGUCGAUGAUCGCAAUCGGGGCCAGGUCCGAUCUUUCAACUACAAUCGACGAGAUUAAAGCAGCAGCCGAGAAGGUGGGAAAACCGGAGCCGAAAAUCCUAGCUCUUAAGCUUGAUGUAGCUGACCCCAAGAGCGUCGAUGAUGCGGCAGCCCAAGUUAAGGAGAGCUUCGGACGCAUGGAUAUCGUUAUUAAUAACGCUGGCAUCUUUGAUGUAGCCAAGAUUCUAGAUACCGACCCCGAAAAGUGGUGGAAUAUAUGGAGAGUGAACGUUAUGGGACCAUACAACACUACGCGCUCCUUUCUACCACUACUAUUUGAGGGGAGUAACAAGACAAUAGUCACAUUAAGUAGCGUUGGCGCUCAUUUGGUAGUGCCGGGAGUCAGCGCAUACCAGCCCUCUAAGCUAGCAGUGCUUCGUCUUUCCGAAUUCAUCUCGGCAGAGUAUGGCGACAAGGGCAUAGUCGCGUACUGCAUACAUCCGGGAAAUAUUCCAACAGAUAUGGUUGCCGGUAUCCUGGCUCCUGAGGUUCCUGAGAUAAGGGGAGCAUUUGUCGAAACGCCGGAGUUAAGCGCAGAUUCUUUGGUGUAUCUGACAUCGGAGAGGCGGGAUUGGUUGGCAGGCAGAUAUAUCAAUGUCACUUGGGACCUGCCGGAAUUGAUGGAGAAGAAAGACGAGAUCGUUAAAGGCGAUAAGUUGAAAGUGCGACUAGUUACCUAAUAUAAAUUGCGUAGAUAGCGGCAAGACGGCACGGCACCGUUUCCCGAUAUCAAAUUGAUACAAGUAACAACGA